AAGUUAAUAUUGUAAUCAAGACAUAUAUAUGCAAUUCUCUUCUUAUGAAGCCUGUUCAAAUGGAAAGUAUGGUCCUGAUUGUUCGUUAUCUUGUUCUGGACAUUGUAAACAUAAUCUCACUUGCAAUCCCAUAAAUGGUACCUGCUCGAAUGGUUGUUCAGACGGAUGGAUGGGUGUGAUUUGUAACAAAACAUGCGUUUCUGGAACCUUUGGAUCAGAUUGUAAAAAUAACUGUAGUGGAAAUUGCCUUUAUGAUUUAAACUGCAACAGAACAACGGGAAAAUGUGACAGCGGAUGUAAACAUGGGUACCAGGGAGAACUUUGCAAUGCAGUAUGUAGCUUUGGAUAUUACGGACAUAACUGUUUGAAACAAUGCAGUCCUCUCUGUUUUGGAAAAAGCUGUCAUAAUAUCAAUGGAAACUGCAACUUUGGGUGCAUCAGCGGGUACCAAGGCCCAACUUGUGAACAUUCUUGCAACAACGGAUCGUAUGGUCAGAACUGCUCCUUGAGAUGUGAGAAAUGUGUGAAUCAAUCCUGUGAUCCUAUUUCCGGCAUGUGCCAUUAUGGGUGUGAACCAGGAUGGAUAGGCCCUCAAUGCUCUGAAGUAUGUACCGCAGACAAAUAUGGAACAGACUGUAUGUUUUCUUGUAGUCAAAACUGCGUUAACAAGGAAUCUUGUGACCACGUGACUGGAGUUUGUAAAAAUGGUUGUUUAGAUGGAUAUAAAGGAGAGCUAUGCAAUUUAGUUUGCGGUAAUGGUUAUUUCGGAGCAAAUUGUUCCAAUGUUUGCUCUAAGAACUGCUCUGAUAUAUGCCAUCAUAUUGACGGGACUUGUAACUGCAAAGCUGGAAUAGAAAAUUCUCCAGAAUGCAAACAAGUUUCAUCAUUGACAAUGGCUAGAAAAUGUGAUGAUCACUGGUUUUAUGCUAUUGGAAUGUCCAUAUUCGGCAUACUGAACGUUUUGACCUGUGCAUUAUGGAUUUGUGAAAGAAGAAAGCAAGUAAAAGUGAGAAGAUAUUCCUCAUCUCACUACAUAACAACUGAAGUAGACAUAAAAGAAAAGACUUCUGAAACACAUGAAUAUCAAGACGUGAAAUCCGUAUCACGCGAUUUUUCGUACCAAAAUCUCACGUUUGAAACCUGAAAAUUUUCAUUAUACAGGAUUUGACUA